CUAAAGCUUCCUAUGGAUCAGCUAUCUAGCAACAUAUGAUCACCCCGGUUGAAUUGACCAAGUUAAGAUCCACCAUUUCUGCAAGUAUUGAAAUCUUAAUAAACCAUCCGUGCAUAGAUAGUGUGGUCUUUUUCAUGCUUGAUGGAUUUUCAAUAAAGAAUUUACUUGUUUUAGUCGGAGUAUUUUUUUGCUGUAGAGGACAAUCUGUUCUGAAGGUCUUGUUUCUCUCCAUCUUGUUACUCCAGUGCUUGGUUCUGUUUUGCAACCUGCUCCCAAAAAUCCUUCAUGCCAGUCAUUAUAGAAUGACACAGGCUCGGAUUGGCUAGCACAUUCUUUGUGCUAGCUAACACAGGUCGACUUGGUCUCUAUCCAGCUGGUAAGGGUGUCUAACAAAGUUGUGUUCUCAAUUGGCACACUUUUGAAACGACAUCAAGCCCCAUGCUGCAGCUAUGCCAGUAUGAACUGAUUAGCAUGGUUGACACGUACUACUCUUUAUCUAAAGUGAUCUAGAAGUUGAAAUCCUGUGUCACUUUCUAAAGUUAGUGUCAAGUGUUGAUCCAUCGUUAUUUAUAAUAUGGUUUCUUUGUUUGACACCUUUAAACUGAGAUUUCAAGGUUUUAUCUGUUUCACAAUGCUGGACAUGGAAAUGACCUCUUCUGGUUUCAUCACUUGUCAUGCCCCAUGCUGCUACUUUUCUGGAGUGGCAAGCACGCCAACGAGAAAAAACAAAAGAGUGGCAUGCUUACCGACAGAAGGAGGAAGAAGAAGAAAAGAGAAAGACCAACGAAUAUCGGGAAAUAGGCAUGCGCUUAAAGGGAUACCCUGAGGAAGAAGUUCGCAAAGCAAGGAAGUUAGUUUCAUCUUUUAUAAGAUCAGCCGAAGAAGUUGAAGAGAAAAUUGAGGAGGCUGCUGAAAAAGGAGAACUUACAGAACUUGUUCUUAUGGUCAUUUGGAAUCGGCUUGAUCUUGCUCGAAAAGAUGAUGAAAAGGAUGUGAUUAGAAGCCUAGACCUGUUGUACAGAAGGAUAGAGACAGAGAUUUUGAAGAGGGAAUCUACACCUGCUAUGAGAUUGCUCAAUGACCUCCUGAAUCUCCAUGAUGGAUUUGAUGAUGAAGGGUGGCUUAAGAAAUGCAGGAAGUGCAUGAUCGACAUGUUCCCAAGAGAAGAUCCUUUCAGCAUGCUAGUGCCUUCUGGGUUUGACAUGGAAAAUCAUCAGGGCCGCAUAGGACUACCACCCGAGGAUGAUGAUGUUCUACUAAGGGUUGAUUUUGUCAGAGAGGUUGAUUUAUUAUUGCAAGAGGUCCGAGCCGAACAGCAAAAUUUCCAACCUCCAGAGGGAUUCGAUCCUGAAGCAGUUGCAGCCAGAUUGAGGCAGCAGGAGAAGCAGACGACUAUUCAACUAGUAGAGGCACUGCUGGAGUUGGCAAUUUCAUUGAAGUGGUGAAGCUGCGAGGAGAUCACAGCAAGUCUUUUAUGUGCCGACCAACAUUAGGUUCACCUCAGAUGCUUCGUGUCAAGAGCCUUGCGGAGAAUUGGAUCUAAUUUAUGACACCGUUCAUGUUCUUAGUGGAAACAAGUGCUCAAAAUUCAUCUUGUUGCUGUUUCUCAGUUUGUUGGCAUUCCCUGAUCUUAAUGCCUGCAGAAUGACUACAAAAGCGUGGAUUCUUGGUCUCUGAGGAUACAUUUCCAGUGAUUAGCACGGUAUAUAUUUAGUGAAGUAGUUGAGGGUUAGAUUUCUGCUGUUAGCAUCUGGUGCACACUGUUUUGCAAUACUUGUAUCAAACACUUAAGGAUUAUUGAAUGUAAUGUUUGGGGGCAUCAUAUUGUAAUAAUUCUUGGAUCCUAAUCUUUACUUGGAACUUCUAUUUCA